AUGAACAACAGCAGCAUCAGUAACAACAUCAGCUACACCAGCAGCGGGACCAGCUCAAACAGUGACAUCCAGUUUGCCAUUUUGUGCAUCUUCUGCCUCGCUCUGGUCUUGACCCUCGUGACCAGCACGCUGACCAUCGUUGUCAUGGCAAGAACGCCGGCGCUCAGGACCUGCACCAACGCCUUCAUCGUCUCGCUCUCCGUCAGCGACAUCUUCUUCUCGCUGCUUCUGCUGGCCAUCGUCAUUCUCCUCGUCAUCAGGCGGUUCAUCACCUUCAAGGUCGACCCCGUGGCCUUUCAGAUGGUCGUGUAUUUUGCCUGGGGAAUUCAAAUCCACGGCAGUAACGGAAAUCUCGUCCUAGUAUCGCUUGAACGGUGGCUGUACAUCACGCAGCCAUUUUUAUACCAGAGAUACGUCACAGCUCGCGGGGUUGUCGUCACCAUCGGGGUCAUGUGGGUCAUUUCCUUCGCCGUCAACAUCCCGUACUUAUGCUUCAGUAAGGACUUGUACACGCCCACCUCGUAUUUUAUCAUAUCCAUGGCCUACGUCAACCCCACCAUCCACACCAUCUGCUGCGUCAUCCUCAUCGUCAUCUACUCGCACAUCUGCUUCAUCACCUACCAGCACAUGAGCCGAAUAUCCAAACUCAAACGCCGAACCCAGCGCCGGGGUGAUGACGUGGACAACAUCAACACACUCGUGGUCCUCAACUCUGAGAAAUCCAAACUAGCCAUCCAGGUGGAGAACUGGAAGUCUGUCCGCCUCCUCAUCACCAUCUGCGGCAUCUUCUUCGUCCUGGUCAGCCCCUACGCCUACUUCACCGCCUACAGCCUGACCAAGCCCAACAACAUCGCCGUCUCCAGCUGGCUCUCCUACAUCUUCCUGCUCAUGCUCUCCCUCUUCCACUGCUCAAACUUCUUCGUCUACGCUCUCGGGAUCCGUCUCUUCAAGAACGCCAUCAAAAAACAGCUCCGUAAGUGGGGGUGUCGGGGUGCUCAGGUCAGCACACAGAACGGGUCGACGGCUGUGUCGGGCUAUGAUUUACCAACCAGGACUCAGUACGUUUCCCACAUUGUUAGCUACGACUAG